CGACCCCACUGCCUUGCCCACUAAGGAUUCUCUCUCUCUCUCUCUCUCUCUAUCUCUCUCUCUCUUCCUCGCUUUCUUUCUAUCUAUCUGCAAAUCGUCGGCGAUGCAAGAACCAGAGCUCCACGAUCUGUCCGACGACGCCGAUUACGCCGCGUCGCUGCGACACGGCUCGGCGAGCAUGAUGCGGAGCGAUAGCGGGAAGCACAGCUCGUCGAGCGAGCAUGACGGUGCCGAGGUGGUUUUCUUGAAAGACAAUGUCACCAUCCACCCCACUCAGUUCACCUCCGAGAGGAUUAGUGGAAGAUUGAGGCUAAUUAAGCACGGCUCUUCUCUUUUCAUGACAUGGAUUCCGUACAACGGCCAAAACUCGAACGCUAGGGUGUCUGAGAAAGAUAGAAAUCUUUAUACCAUAAGGUCCGUGCCAUUAACGGAGGUGCGGUCAAUUCGUCGCCACACUCCAGCGCUUGGAUGGCAGUACAUUAUCGUCGUUUUGGCGACAGGACUUGCAUUUCCUCCUCUGUACUUCUACAAUGGGGGAGUCAAAGAGUUCCUUGCUGCAAUAAAGCAACAUGUUUUCCUUGUGAGGUCAGCUGAAGAUGCAAAUGUAUUUCUGGUGAAUGAUUUUCAAAAUCCUCUCCAGAGAACUCUAUCGUCUUUGGAGUUGCCUAGGGCUCUUUCUGUUGCAAGUGGGCAAUCUACAUUAGUCUCAGUUGGCGAGACCUCUUCAGAUGAAAACCAGGAGAGAACAAGUGGGUAUGUUCAAGACGGAAGUUUAAGCAUUUCUCAAUACAAUGAGAGGCAAAGGCAAAGGGUUCAUGAUCCUGCUCGAGAUCUCUCAAUUCAAGUGUUGGAAAAGUUCUCUCUCGUGACCAAAUUUGCUCGAGAAACAACUUCUCAACUUUUCCGUGAUAAUCAUAGUAACGGAUAUGGUGCUAUAGAAAGGAGAAGUAAUAACCAGUCUCCCAUUGAUUACCCUCAGAAGGCGUCCCAUGAUUCAUACAGAGCCCCUGAGAAAAGUCCUGUCCCCCCAGAUUCCCUGGAGUUUGAUAAAGAAUCAAUGGUAUGGGGAAAACCACGACAGCCACCUUUGGGCUCUGAUGAGUGGGAAGCUUUCUUUGAUUCUGAAGGAAGGAUCAUCGACUCAGAAGCUUUCAGAAAGAGAAUAUUUUAUGGGGGAGUUGAGCACAAACUACGGAAAGAGGUGUGGCCCUUCUUGUUGGGAUACCAUGCAUUUGAUUCGACAGAUGCUGAGAGGGAAUACCUUAGGGCCGUUAAAAAGUCAGAAUUUGAAACCAUAAAGAUGCAAUGGCAGAGUAUCUCCCCGGAACAGGCCAAAAGAUUUACAAAAUUCAGGGAGAGAAAAGGCCUCAUUGAGAAAGAUGUGGUAAGGACUGACAGAUCUCUCUCCUACUACGAUGGGGAUGAUAAUCCAAAUGUGAAUCUGUUACGUGAUAUACUCUUAACGUACUCAUUUUACAACUUCGAUCUUGGCUACUGUCAGGGUAUGAGUGAUCUCCUGUCCCCAAUAUUGUAUGUAAUGGAGGAUGAGUCCGAAUCGUUUUGGUGUUUUGUUUCACUGAUGGAGCGCCUUGGGCCCAAUUUCAACCGUGACCAAAGUGGCAUGCACUCUCAACUUUUUGCAGUAACUAAGUUGGUGGAGUUGUUAGACGUUCCGUUGCACAAUCACUUUACUCAGAAGGACUGCUUGAAUUACUUCUUUUGUUUCCGCUGGGUUCUAAUACAAUUUAAAAGGGAAUUUGAAUUCGACAAAACAUUGCGCUUGUGGGAGAUAUUGUGGACGCAUUAUCCGUCUGAGCACCUGCACCUGUACGUCUGUGUGGCGAUAUUGAAGCGACACCGUAGUAAGAUAAUUGGGGAGCAAAUGGACUUUGACACUCUAUUGAAGUUCAUCAAUGAACUGAGCGGUCAUAUAGAUCUCGAUGCCGUGGUCAGGGAUGCAGAGGCUCUGUGCAUAUGUGCCGGCGAGAAUGGUGCUGCUUCCAUUCCACCGGGAACUCCGCCGUCAUUGCCUGUUGAUGAUGUGUUAUUGUACCCUCAACAAGAACUAGACGACAUAUUGUAAAUGUAUUCCCAUUCGAGGGAGGAUUCAUCGACCUUGAACCUCCGACAUUUUGGAGAUUUAAUAAUUGCUUUUCAAAGACAAUUAGCUUGUUUUUCGUAUGUUGACCUGCAAGGCUGCAACCGUGGUUUGUAUGCUUUAUCGUGUCUUAAGAAGUUACAUCUUGGCAUCAUGCGUGUCCAAUACGAGAAAUUGACAUGCGAUGUGAAUCUGUAAUUAUGACGGUAUUUCAAGUUGAUCAGCCAUUGCCGUG